AUGUCUGACGCCUUCAACAACUAUUGCAUUGCCUGUGACCAGUUGUGUUCACCACACUCGGUCUACUGCUCCGAAUCUUGUCGUGAAAGAGAUGAACAUCCACAAGCCUCUUCUUUGAACCUGGCGGACAUUGUUUCUCCUUUGCUCACGCCGUCCUUGUAUCAGCCACUGUCUGACUCUGGCCUGGAUGUGGGCAGCACUCUAACUACGCAAGAGCUUAAUAACUCGCCUUUACUAUUGGCUCUGGAUGUUAAGGAUUCAGAUGUGAGAGACUUUAACCUAAAUUAUUCGGUCAGCCAGGCUCCUCUGUUGGGACCUUUGGCCUCUACGUCUCACAACUAUCGUUUGUGGUUGGGCGUUUUGUAA